CUAGCGGAGAUAGUCCAAAGUCCAAACGAUAAACCUUUCGCUCCGUCCUUCGCUCCCAUCCCCUGCACGGCGAAGCAAUCCAUGGCAGCCAACACCCUCGCCUCUCUCUCCCUCCUUCCCCCAGCCCAGCACCCAUACGCACGGCCCCGGACCUCACUCCGCAUCUCCCUGUGCCACCGCAACGAACGAGCCGCCGUCCCCGAACGCCGCCGGGCCCCCGUCCCUUCUCACCCGGCAUUCUCGCAACGCCGCCGUGCCAAGACGAUCCCCAUCCUGGACACCGGCGACCCCGCCGCCGGCGUCCGCGUCACCGACAGGGGCCUCGCGUACCACCUCGAGGGCGCGCCUUUCGAGUUCCAGUACAGCUACACGGAGGCCCCACGAGCCCGCCCCGUGGCGCUCCGCGAGGCCCCGUUCCUGCCCUUCGGCCCCGAGGCCACUCCGCGCCCGUGGACCGGGCGGAAGCCUCUCCCCAAGAGCCGCAAGGAGCUGCCUGAGUUCGACUCUUUCGUGCUGCCGCCGCAUGGCAAGAAAGGGGUUAAGCCCGUGCAGUCGCCGGGGCCAUUCCUCGCAGGGAUGGAGCCAAGGUACCAAGCGCAAUCCCGGGAGGAGGUGCUCGGGGAGCCGCUCAGCAAAGAGGAGGUCGCCGAGCUCGUCAAGGGGAACCUCAAGGCCAAGCGGCAGCUGAAUAUCGGCAGGGACGGUUUAACACACAAUAUGUUGGAGAACAUUCAUGCACACUGGAAGAGGAAGAGAGUUUGCAAGAUAAAAUGCAAAGGUGUAUGCACAGUUGACAUGGAUAAUGUUUGCCAACAGCUAGAGGAAAGAGUUGGAGGAAAAGUAAUUCACCGUCAAGGCGGUGUUGUAUUUCUUUUUCGUGGUAGAAACUACAAUUACAGAACUCGCCCAGUUUUUCCACUUAUGCUCUGGAAACCUGCUGCACCAGUGUACCCUCGUCUGGUGAAAACGGUGCCAGAUGGAUUAACUUCAGAUGAGGCAACAGAGAUGCGCAAGAAAGGACGGCAACUAACACCAGUUUGCAAACUUGGAAAAAAUGGUGUUUAUGCUAACCUUGUGAAUGAAGUUAGAGAAGCAUUUGAAGCAUGUGAUCUUGUCCGGGUUGAUUGCUCGGGUCUCAACAAAAGUGAUUGCAGAAAAAUUGGAGCUAAACUAAAGGACCUAGUUCCCUGUAUCUUGUUAUCUUUUGAGUUUGAACAUAUACUGAUGUGGCGAGGAAAUGAUUGGAGAUCAUCUCUUCCUCCAUCUGAAGAAGAUAAUUUUGAAGCAGGAAGUGAGCAACCACUGUUCACUGGCAAAGAAAUUUUGAAUAAAAAAGUAACAGAUUCAGGAGUUGCUGCUCUAACCUCGAUUGACGUGGUAAAAAAUGCAACAUAUGUGAAGAACACUAGCUUGGGUGAAGGUGACCUUUAUAUGGAAGAUCCAUUGGAACCUAAUCUUGCCAAUGAUGCUAUGCUGAGUUCUCCAUCUACAGUCUCUGGAUUGUGUGAUUCUAAAGCUGUAGCUGGAACUGAACCCUCAGUUACUGAUCCAUUAAAAAAUUCUACUUCAGAUGAAGCGAGUCGAUCUCUUAAGUCAGCAUUAUAUCGCCAAAGCAUCCUGUCAGACGACAGUAAAAAUGGAGAGCUAGUUCAGAAGUCUCCUGAUAAGUGUGGAAAAUCUAAAGAAUAUUCAGAACUGAAAGCUUCCCUUGGUCCAUUGAACACUGUUGAUGAGAAUGACAAAUUGGAGACUACUAGGAGAAACAAUGAAGAUAUUAAUGGCCUGGAUGGUGUAAAAAGUGAUUCGAAGUUGUCCUAUAUGGAGGGAGUGUUACUUCUCUUAAAACAGGCCACUGACAGUGGCAGGGCACAUAUUCUGGAUGAAAAUGAGUUUGUUGAUGCGGAUGUGAUUUAUCAAAAGUCCUUUGCCUUUGCAAAGGCAGCUCCACGAGGACCGAUUUUCCAGAAUUCACAAAGGAAGUUGGUGGGUGUCCGAAAAAACGAACCAGACAAGCAUGUAAGAAUAAAGAAGCAUGCUGCAGAAAAUGAAGUACCGUGUAAUGUUGUAAAGAAAGAUGAUGUCAACAAAGGGUUGGGAAAGCAGAGUAGUUAUCAUGCUAAAGAGUUCCUAUCGGAUGUGGUUCCACAAGGUACCUUGAGAGUGGAUGAACUUGCAAAGUUACUUUCUUAGAUAUUACUGCUCUUCAAUUCAUCAUGCAGCCUCCUGCAUCACCAUCCUUCAUUUUACGUGCAAAAUACACAUGCAGUGUACUUUGAGAUGAUUCAUACCUAAACUGCAGCACUGUUUAUGAAAGUUGGUCAUGCUGUGCUACAUCCUGCUUUGGGCAUUGAAAAAGUGUUGGAUCACGUACAGUAUACAGAGUAGUUUCAGACAGUGGACGCCUUGUUGGCGGAUUAUCACCAGAUAGCAGUUUUCAGAUUCAAGGGCAGUAGUCCAAUGCACCGCGGUCAGUCGUGAACUGCUGCAGAAUAUCUUCCGUUAAUUGCAGUCUUCGUCAUCAUAUGAAGUUUUUAGUAUUGCCGUGGUUAACAAAGUUUGAAAGAACUCCAAUGACAGCACAAAUUUUAGAAAGGUUGGCCUCAUCACCAUGUUAUCAAUUCUUGUGUAAUUGACUCGAUUAUCUUCUGAGAUUCAAAUUUAGUACAAUCUUCGGUAUGUAGCUCUUGUAACAUGAACUAGGAACAUGUUAAAAUACCAAACUAACUGAUCUUAGUCAACUUCUGAAGAUCGUGUUAUAUUUGGGGA